AUGGCUUUCAGAAUGUUCACUCCCUCCUCAAGUAUUCUGCGUCUCGGCUUGGGCGUAGGAAUUGGCCUCUCCGCCGCUACCAUGCACCCCUUGUCACCCUUCCGCGCCGCGCCAAUGCUAUGCGACUAUGCCUCACCUCUCCCACAACAAUCGACGUUCAACAAGGAGCCCGAGUGGGCAGCUGGUGGUAAAUCUGUGGGACAAAAGUCACGGAGCGGGCUGUUGAAUGCAGAGAGCAUGCGGCAGGUCAGUCUGGGUAGUGUUUUGGGGCUUGUUGCUGGUGUUGGAUUGAGGGCUUUCUCGAAGGCUUUGGUGGUGAUUCUGGGUAUGGGAGUUGUUCUUGUUGAGUACGCCGCGUCCAAGGGGUACAAUAUCCUUCCAGUGCAUCGAUUGCAAAAAUACGUCAAGAGCGUCGACCUGCACCGUGCCAUGAGUGAGCACCGGCCAUUCAAGAUUAGUUUCGGUGCCAUGAUGGCCAUGGCGGCGUUUGCGAACUUCUAA